CGAUCAGAUGAUUCAGUGAGUAGACCGUUCCUCGGAGAAGACCUCCGCCAGUCUUUGAAACGACGGCAAAGCGAUCGAUGCUGAAUUGUAUUAGCCCACCCUAUCUAUCUCCAUGCAUGUAAGCGGUUUCAGUCGGCUGAAGUCUAAAUGUGACAUUGUAUGAGCAGUGACUGUACAUCAGGCUCACGCAUGCGCUUUUGGAAACCCGGAGCCGCAGGAGAUUGAGCUGCACUCCGGAGGGAGGGGAACGGAAGGGACGCAGCGAUGAGUGCCAAAGUCGACAUGGACGUUCCAACCAAAGAGCCGGACCGUACGCCACCAGUCUCCUCUUCCUCCUCCUCUUCCUCCACCACCACCUCCUCCUCGAACACCUCCUCCUCCUCUUCCUCCUCCACCACCUCCUCCUCCUCCUCCUCUUCCUCCUCCUCGCCCCCCACCGACACCAUCCUCGUGUGCAGCAAAGAGGGGACGUCCAAGGGCCCCCUUCUUCCUCCCCCACCACCUCCUCCAGCUCCUUCUCCGUUGACCCAGACGACCACCACGGCUCUGCUCCUUCCAGCCGUAGUCCUACCCGGUCACCAAAAGCUGGAGCUGACGUCAGCCACAGUAGUGGCAGAGCCCGGGAAAGUGGGCGGGGUUAUAGAGGCGACCACACCCACAGCCCAGGUGGGCGGGGCCUGCAGCAUCGUCCACGUACUGGAGUGGAAGGAGGGAAUGACUCUUCUGCCCACCACUAACCUCAAAUUCUGUGUUGGCGAUGUGGGAACGCUGAGCGCGCUGAUCACCCCGGCGAUCGCCAGCAGCUCCCCCCAGCCAGCCGCCGGGGCUUCUGGGAAGUCUGCCGCUGCAGAGGGAGCAGCAGUGACCACGACAGACGCGUCGGCAGCCCCCGCCGUCCCGGGUUGCGGCCCCCCAGUGGAGGCGGUCGAGGCGGGGGUCCCGGUCGAGGCGGGGGUCCCGGUCGAGGCGGGGGUCCCGGUGGAGGUGGGGGUUCAGGCGGGACCGCGGCAGCAGAACCAGGAACCGAGAGCGCAGCGGACCUACCCAGAGGAGCUGCGCAGGGAGCCAAUCACAGAGAAGCGGAUCAUCGGCGUGGAGAAGAUCCCGGCGGGCGGCCGCGCCCCCUCCCUCAACCCGGACCACCUGAAGCCCAUGAGGAAGAGGAAGAGGAAGGAGUACCUCAGCCCCUCGGAGGACGACUCGGACGUGGAGGCGGGGGAGGAGAAAGCAGACGACUGCAAGACGGACAGCCGGCACAUCAGAGGAGCGGGGGACAAUAAGACGGAGCAGUGGACCUGGAGCCAGUACCUGGAGGACUGCAGCGCCAUCGCAGCGCCCGACCUGCUCUUCCAGGAGGCCCAGCGCGUCCCGACGGUGAAGAGCAGCUUCAAACAGGGGAUGAAGCUGGAGGGCAUCGACCCUCAGCACCCCUCCAUGUACUUCGUCCUGACGGUGGCCGAGGUCUGUGGCUACCGGCUGCGGCUCCACUUCGACGGCUACUCCGACUGCCACGACUUCUGGGUCAACGCCAACUCACCGGACGUGCACCAGGCGGGCUGGUGCGAGAGCACCGGGCACAAGUUGUACACGCCCAAAGGCUGUAAAGAGGAGGAGUUCACGUGGAACAACUACCUGAAGAUGACUAAAGCACAAGUGGCGCCGAAGGAGCUGUUUGCAACUCCAGGAAGAAUCGACAUGCCGGGCGGGUUCGAGGUGGGCAUGAAGCUGGAGGCCGUCGACCGCAUGAACCCCUCCCUCAUCUGCGUAGCAACCGUAACCGACGUGGUGGACGAGCGCUUCCUGGUUCACUUCGACAACUGGGACGAUACCUACGACUACUGGUGUGAUGCCAGCAGCCCGUACAUCCAUCCGAUUGGCUGGUGCCAGGAGAGGAACCUCCCCCUCACUCCACCCCAAGAUUACCCCGAGCCCGACCGCUUCUCCUGGUCGCGGUAUCUGGACGAGACCGGUUCCACAGCGGUCGUCGCUGAAGCCUUCAGCGUGCGGGGGGCUCAUGACUUCCAGGUUCAGAUGAAGCUGGAGGCGGUGGACAAGAGGAGCCCGGGGCUGAUCAGAGUGGCCACGGUGGAGGAGGUGGACACGCACCGCAUCAAGGUGCACUACGACGGCUGGAGCCACGUGUAUGACGAGUGGAUGGACUCGGACCACCCGGACAUCCACCCGGUGGGCUGGUGUGAGGCCACAGCCCACCCCCUCAAAGUACCGCCCAGCGACCCCAAAACACAGAGCUCCCACGGUCCAAAGGAGAUCCCUGCCAUUGGCCAGUCCAGUUUUCCCGCCUCUGCGCCGUGUAAACCAAUCAGCCACCCGAGAACCAACAAGUACAGCUUCCACCACCGGAAGUGUCCAACCCCAGGAUGCGACGGUUCCGGCCACGUGACUGGCCGCUUCACCGCCCAUCACUGCUUAUCCGGCUGCCCAUUGGCUGAACGCAACCAGGGACGACUUAAGGCGGACCUUUCAGACACAGAGUCCAAGAGAAACCUUUUCUUUGGCCAAAGGAACAAAAAAACCCACUACCGUGGCAGGAUUGGUCGUCCUCCAAAAUACAGGAAAAACCAGCAGAGAAGCUACCAGAGUGAGUCUAUUCAGCACCUACAGGACAUGACCUCUGAGGGGGUGUACCCGUCCCUGUUCAUGUCGGCGCUGACCGUGCAGUCAGACCGCGCCCUGUCCCUCUGCUGGGAGCAGCACUGCAAGCUGCUGCCGGGGGUCCAGGGCAUCCACGCCAGCCAGGUGGCUGCCUGGAGCAUCGACGAGGUCUUUGGGUUCGUUCUCAAUCUGACCGGCUGUGAGGACCAGGCUCGCCUCUUCAAGGAUGAGAUGAUUGACGGCGAGGCCUUCCUCCUGCUGACCCAGACGGACAUCGUGAAGAUCAUGAGCAUCAAGCUCGGCCCCGCCCUCAAGAUCUCCAACGCCAUCCUCAUGUUCAAGAGCACCGACGAGGGGCUCAAGUGACCCCGCCCCCCGCGCCGGCUUCACCGGCCAAUCAUCAUGUGCCAAACCCAUCCCAUUGCUGAGAAAACAAAAAACAACGACAACAACCACCGCCUCCACCUCCACCUCCACCUCCACCCCCCC